AUGAUGAAAAUAGCUAUAGCCGGUUCCGGCGGAUUGGCACGGAUAUUUGCACAAUAUCUCAGAGAGACGGAGCACAUAACUAUCAUACUCUCUAGAACUGCACAACCAGACUUUGAAGACUUGGACUGUCAGGUAGUUGUGGUCGACUAUCGUAACCAGCAAGAUCUGGAGUAUUAUCUUCGGGGAGUUGACAUCGUCAUAUCCACCGUUUCAGGCGCCUCCCAGAUAAACUUAAUUGACGCAGCAGCACACUCUCGCGUCAGCCGCUUCAUCCCCGCCGAAUUCGAAGGCUCACCCAGCCGUCGCCGUUCCAGCGACCCUGACGUCCGUGGGAAACGCGAGUCUCUGGCGCGUCUCAAAGAAUGGAACUCAGAUUCACGUCAUCGCAUGCGUUACACCAUCUUCACUUGUGGCGUUUUCUACGAGCGAUUCGCCAGAGGAGGCCUUGCUUCUCUCGGUAUCGGUGCCAACAGCGGCAUCCAGUAUCAGGGCGAUUACAUUAUGAAUCUUGGGACUGGAACGGCGGAGACGGUCGUGCAAACGAGCACGGGGGAUCCGGUGGAGUUUUGUAUGAUUUCAGUGUGGGAUUUGGCGCAGUAUGUGGUCAAGGCGAUUGACCUGGGAGUGGAGACUUGGCCGACUGAGUAUAGGGUUCAGGGAGACCGGAGGAGUGUUAGUGAGAUUUUGCAGUGGGGGGCUAUUGUUUUGAAUCUUGAUCAUCUGGAUACCAUAUAUCACCAAGCUGGCAACCUUCAAGCUCAUGUCGAUCAUGCGAGAGCGACCUUUGAUUGGGGCAAAGUCGCCCGUUUCGAGGAACUCGUCGCUACGGAGAAAGGUCGAUAUUGCUUCUCUGCCCCGACACUCACGUUGGCUAGCGUCAACCCGAUUCCUUUCUGGAAUUGGUUGCAGAGAGAAUGGGGAUCUUAG